CUUGGUUUUUUUUUGUGUACCUACCUAAAGUGGAAAUUUAUCUACUUUAAUUCGAUUUCCUUUUCAAAAUGAACAAAAUUUUCUAUUAAACGUUGUAGUCCACACAGUGAGGAUCCUACAAAAGACAUCAGAAACUACUCUUGUAGUUCGUAUUAUAAAAAUAAAGAAAUAAACAAUGGAUACGGAUGAAAUUGGAUCGAUCAACAAUGACGAUUAUAUCGAAACUAUUGAAAACGAAGAGGAUGUGGAUUAUUCUGAAGAUAGGGAGUUAGUGGGAGACUCUUGCUCGACUAAGGUUCUCAAUUCCACCGAGGCACCAAGGGAUAGGUAUCGAAUGGUUUACUUUUUAUUCUACUUAUUUGGAAUAACAUCUCUUGUGCCCUGGAAUUUUAUGAUAACUGCGAAUGAUUACUGGAUGUAUAAGUUUCGCGACACAACUCCACACAAUCUCACAAUUUUCGUGAGAAAAACUCAGUUCCAGACGGAAUUCACAUCUUACCUCAAUGUGGCUACAGCUAUACCCAACUUAAUAUUCCUUGUGCUUAACUCUCUUUACGGCCACUGGGUGUCCGUAAAAUGUCGACUCCAAGGAUCACUUAUUGUUGUGACGCUGGCGUUCCUGGUGACAACUGCCUUCGUGCAGGUUGACACAGAUGAGUGGCAGAACACCUUCUUCAUCAUAACCAUGGUCACUGUUGUGAUCAUGACUGCGGCGAGUGCGAUAUUCAUCGGCGGUAUAGUGGGCAUAGCCAGCAAGUUCUCCGAGGAGUACAUGACGGCGGUCAUCAGUGGACAAUCCCUGGGCGGCAUCAUAGCCGCCAUCGCCCAAGUCAUCUCCCUCGCCUUCAAAAUCUCCCCCCUACACAGCGCGCUCAUAUACUUCUGUAUAGCCGACUUUGUAGUCAUAGCCUCCCUUCUGUCCUAUAUGCUCCUAUAUCGGAUAGAUUUCUUCACUCACCACGUCUUCCGAGGUUCCGGUUUGGCGGUGAAUAGGCAUAGGGAUGCCUCGAUCAAGACGAUUCUCCGCAAGAUCUGGGUGUACGCGUUCAGCAUAUUCGCGGUGUUCGGGAUAUCUAUGGCCGUGUACCCGGCGGUGACGGUGCUGGUCGAGUCGCAUCCAUCCACCGCGGGCACUGAUUGGAAUAAUAUAUUCUUCGUGCCCGUAGUAAACUACUUGAUAUUCAACUGCGGUGACUACGCGGGCAGGCUUAUUUCCGGAUUCUUGCUCAGGCCAAAGAACCAAUAUAUAAUAGCGGCAGCGAGCAUACUCCGAGUCAUCGGGGUACCCAUGCUGAUGGUGUGUAACGCGCAGCCACGAUCACACCUGCCCGUGAUCUUCCCGUAUGACUACGAGUAUAUCGCCAUCAUGGUGGUAUUCGCCAUCACCAACGGAUAUCUGUGCAAUAUCGUCAUGAUUAAUUCUACACAGAUAGUGGAGGUCCACGAAAAGGAGAAGGCGUCUUCGGUAAUCGCUACGAUGCUGAGCGUCGGCCUCACGGUCGGCGCCGCCGUCGGAAUGCUUCUAGUCAGGUUGCUUUAAGUAUACUAUAGCUUAUAGUUUAUUCGCGGUAAGAAGAGAGGAGAUGAGUGACCAUGGAGCGCGUAUCUCCUUCAAAUUGGAUGAGUUGGAGUAAGAACUAGCAGUUUAGACCAAAGAGAGGAGAAGCAGGUAGCAUAGAGCGUGGAUUCACCUUCAAUUGCAAGAAUUAUAUUACUAUAAUAAUACUAUCGUCUAUCAGAGAAGUUGGUUCAGUGGCAGAUGGCGGACCUGCGUAAUUUGGUCGCGUUCUGUCAAAACCCAUCCGAUUGAUGAUGAAUAAUAUUGAAUUGACGUAACCCGACUAAAUGACGUACACCUUCUUUCAACUUGAUGGUACAUAUACAAGGAAUUGUAAUCAUAAUAAUGAACCGAGAUAGAGUAUUACACGGCCCAUGUCUUUAAUAGUAAGCCUGCCAACAGAACAUUCGAUUUUACUUUAUUUUUGGUGACGCCAGUGCGAUUUACAUUUCAUGGGUGAUGUCACUCUCUUCUUAACGCGAAUACAAUAAUAAUUGUUAAUCUAUUCACAAUCGAACUUGAUUGGCCAAACUUAGAUGGCCGAAGUACUUACAUUAAGAAUGUUGUCUCGUUUAUUUCGCAAAUUAUGACUUAUGAGUUAUGACAUUAAAAAUAAUAUUUAACUACUUCGCUAACCUAAAAAGAAACUAAUUUCUGUGACUUAAUUCAAGGCAAUUUUGCGUACACAUAAAUUAAGCACGUUUACUGUUAUGUACGCAAAAUUGCGUGCUAUACGCUAAGUGUGCGUGCGUAUAGGUAAAAAGUUCGAUUGUGAAUAGAAAGAUGUUAAUAUCAUUGAUGUAAAAUGGAAAACUAGAUACACGAUCUCAAUAUAUCGUUCAAACUUUAUUUUAUAUAGGUAUAUUAUAUAUUUUUAUGUCGUG